GGAGCAAUUGCAAAUUUGCAACUCAUCUUUAUAAAUUCAAAACCGACCCGGAAAGAACGAGAGAGAACCAACGGUGGUGAUAGACCUAAUCCCAACCCCAAGCUCCCAUCUCAGUCGUCUCCUCUCCCCACUUUUCCAGCGUCCGAUCUCCUCGAUUCGCUUCGCUCGCGCCUAUAUACAAAUUCUCACUCUCUAAUUUUCAGGUUCAUCUGCCGGUAGUUAUGACGGACGGUCAGGUGCCGUUUCCCUUUCCGGGAAGCCCUGGCGGCGGUAGCCAUGAUAGCGGGGACCACAGCCCCGGCUCCAGGUCGAAUGUUCGGGAGCAGGAUAAGUUCCUUCCCAUCGCGAAUAUCAGCCGGAUCAUGAAGAAGGCCCUUCCGGCUAACGGCAAAAUUGCUAAGGAUGCCAAGGAGACUGUCCAGGAAUGUGUUUCCGAGUUCAUUAGCUUCGUCACCAGCGAGGCAAGCGACAAAUGCCAAAAGGAGAAAAGGAAAACUAUCAACGGUGAUGAUCUGCUGUGGUCAAUGGCGACUUUAGGAUUUGAAGAUUACAUCGAGCCUCUGAAGGUGUAUCUUACUCGAUACAGAGAGGUAUUUAUCUUUCUCUCUGCACACGAAUGCUGCAUUUGGUGCUGCAAAUAUUGCCAUAAGUCUAUAACUUCAUGGUUUAUGAACUAAUGCAUUUCUGUUCUGUAUGUUUUUAUGUUCCUGUUGGAUCAAUGCAUCUUCCAGAUGGAGGUUAGUCACUAUUGCUUUGCAUUUCAAUUAUCAUUUCUCUCUUCUAAACUCCCACCCUCUCUCUCUCUCUUAAUAUAUUUCAUUAGCGCUAAACAACUACUUUAAUUGGUAGGGUGAUACAAAGGGAUCCGCCAAGGCUGCUGAUAGCUCUGCUAGAGAUGCUGGGCAACAUAAUCCUAACUUACAGGGACAACAUAUGGUGGUUCCGAUGCGAGGCAUGGAGUAGAUAUGGUUCUUCUUGGGGCUUUGACAUCACUCUUUGGUGCCAACAGGUUGAACUGAAUAGACUUCAGAAUACGCAUUCUAAAUAUAUUUUAUCCGCAAAUCGUAACCACUCUUACUGGGGUUUAUUAUUAAAGCCCUUGUAGCAGUAGAAAGAAGUUCAUGAUUAUUACUCGGUAAAUGUAUUAGUUUGCAAUGAUUUGUUACCCGGCAUUUGUUUAGUCAUUUUAUUGCAAUGAAACCAAAUUAAGUUAUGUUUCUACAAACAUCAAGUUUAUGUUUAUUGCUUUUCCUAUAAAUGAGGGGAAAGUCGAGUGUUGUGCAUGACGAGGCGCUUUUUGUUUGCUGAAGAAUAGGGUGUUCUAAUUGAUUCUGAUUGUGUGAAUCAGUUUUUCGAAACUUGGUCUCCCUCAUAUUCUAAAAAAUUGCUUGUAUGACCAAUUUGAA